AUGAUACGCUAUGGAUGCUUUAGAAACGUCGAUUUAUUAUCGCUACUUUACCUUUUACAAUUAAUCAUAUUUCGAACAUGUUUAACUCUUGUCGGAGCAGAGUACCCAGUAACUAUAGAUGACCCAGAUAUAAAAUUUAGUCCUCGAUUAUUUGGAAGAUCCACAGUUAUGGUAAAUGAUACAAUGUAUGUUUACGGUGGUCAAUCAGCCCUAUCUGUUGGAAGCUCCAACGACAUGUACGCUCAUGAUUUUAAUGUGAAUACAGGUGUAGUGAACAUGUUAAAGGUACAACAAAAAAAUGCCGGCCCCAUGUGUGCAUUUUGUGGUGCUGUGAUGCUCAAUAAUACACAUAUGAUGAUACUGACAAAUGAAUUUAUAAAUGCCACCAUGGAUGUCCCCGAAAGUGACCGUGUCGUUCGGCCUUACAUCUUUGACUUUAAAACUUUUACUUGGUUUACCAACCCCACCCCACCAAGUUAUAACACGUCAUUGUCGAUAGCCUUCAAUUUGCGAACUUUACAUAGCACGGUUUUAAGCGCAGAUGGAAUGAUUUAUACAAUGGGCGGUAUAAGUUAUUACCAGAUAAGUACACUGUCACCUUAUACUUGGUACUACGAUCCAGUAAAGCAUGGUUAUGAUAUAGUGGGUGAUUACAAUGGUCUUAAUUACUCCUCUAUAAGCCCUUUUACAUUUAAUUUACCUUGA